GUCCCCCUCCAGAUGCUUGUCAGGCGUACGUUCAAGAAAGCAGCGUGGCUAGUAUACUUGCUAUGUAUUAUACAUUGCACACUGCCAGACAGAAAGAUCGUGUCGGACUCAUGAGGGUUCUAGGCACGUUGGCAAACUGCAAAAAUGACAGAGCUUUUGAAGAUCCAUUUCUUCAUUCAUUGGUUUCUCUGCUUAUACACAUGAACGACGAGUUUUCGGCGGAAGACUUUUGUACUGUAAUUUUUGACGAGUUCUUUUUUGCGGGUCUGGCCCGUGAUAAUGUGCCUAAGCACUUGCUGAAGCUGUUGUGGUACAUUUACCCAAAACUUCCUACAGUCCGACUCCAAACACUUGUUAAGGCUUUGCAACCAACCAGUCAGGUAAGUAAGAAAGAAACACAGAUUACUGAUCAUCCAGGCUGUAGGAGCAGACUUUUCUUCUCUCUGCCGGUAGAAAUGAAAAUUUUCUACUUAGGAUGA